CGCGGGGCCUGCCGGGAGCCGCAUUGCCGGUGCGGGCCGGUGCCGCCAUGGCAGCCGCGCCGCCGCCCGGGCCGCAGGGCCCCGCGCCGCCGCUGCAGUACAGCCUGCUGCUGCAGCACCUGGUGGGCGAGCGGCGGCGGCCCCGCGACUGGGACCCCAGCGCGCUGGGCGGCAUCCCCAGCCCGGCCAAGAGCGAGGAGCAGAAGGCGGUGGAGCGCGCUAUGGAGAGCUGCGCCUUCAAAGCGGCGCUGGCCUGCGCGGGGGGAUUCGUUCUGGGAGGCGCAUUUGGGGUCUUCACAGCUGGCAUCGACACCAAUGCUGGUUUUGAUCCCAAGGAUCCGUAUCGCACGCCAACUGCAAAAGAGGUCCUGAAAGACAUGGGGCAGCGAGGCAUAUCCUACGCAAAGAACUUUGCCAUUGUGGGUGCCAUGUUCUCCUGCACUGAAUGCAUGGUAGAAUCCUACCGUGGAAAGUCAGACUGGAAGAAUAGCGUUAUUAGCGGCUGCAUCACAGGAGGAGCAAUCGGCUUCAGAGCUGGUUUGAAGGCAGGCGUUAUCGGCUGUGGUGGAUUUGCCGCGUUCUCUGCUGCGAUUGAUUACUAUCUACGGUAACAGUGGGAUCCCUUGGGAGCAAGUUUCCCUUUCGUUCCAGCGUUGCUAAGAGCCUGCGUUACGGCAGAAGAACCAUCAGGCUUACCUUUCCACUGCCCUCGGAGUCCUGAUCAGUGCAAGCUGGAUGGCGUUGGCUGCUUUUCCUGAAUGACUAACAAUAAUCUGGCUGUGAGCCCUGGCAUGCUGCGGGAUAUGCACGGAUGGAGCCAGGCGCAGCGAGCAGUAUCUCCAGGACAGAUCAGCUGACUGUCAGUUUCCAGGAAACAAGCCUGGACUCUGAGCUUUUUCAAUCUUUUGGGUCUGAUUUUGAUUAAGUCUGUUGCUAGCAUCAAAAGAGGCAGGAGGACGAUCUUCAAAAAGAAAUGCAGUGAAUUCGGUUACCGUGUAUUUGAACGUGCUGCAAGUGUUAAAACACUUCUCAGUUUGCAGCUUGCUGCUCUGUUAGCGAGAGGUAAGAUCCUGUGGAGAAAUAAGUUUGUUCCAGGCUAUUCUUAAAAUACCAGCUGAAGACAAACCAC